CCGCCCUGGUGAUUCGAGGCUGAUUUCCAGCGAGGGAGCGUCAGAGUGGAUGGCAAAAAAAGAGCGGAGCGGCGGCGGACGAAGUUUGUGGCGCUGAAAAAAAGAAAGAAGCAAUAGACAAAACGAGUGAGACUUUUUUUUAUUUUAUUUUUUGGACGAGAUAGGGAGAGAGGGGAGCCAAGCAGAAGUUGCGCACGGUGGCACACUUUGAGCGGCGCAUUUGUUGUGACUUGACUCCAGAAGCGCACAAAAGAAGCCAACAACAAGAAGAGGACUAAUUCGCGAGCACGCUUUUGUCGUCUUCGCUUCUCUUCUUCCUGUCUUUAUUUUAUCCUCAAUCGUUUUUUUUUUUGUUUUUUUUUUAGAAGUUUCCCAUUUUGCCCCUGUGUGCAUAUCGCUCCCCUCCACCGGCGUGUGUGGCCUCUUUUUGUCGCCGAGAGAGCGAGGGGACGCGCGGGGGGCCGAGAGGAGCCGGAGCCGGAGCCGGGCUGCCCACAUGCUCCAACCGCUGGCGUGAAAGUUGACUUCUUCCCAACACAAGAGAACAGGUGCCAGUGAUGAUGGUGGAAUCAGCCUCUGAGACCAUUCGAACGACACCGUCCGGCCAGAACGGAGUCAGCAGCCUCAGCAGCCAAUCAGACGGCGGAGGAGGGAGAGAGGGCGGGUCUAACGGCGACGUAAAUGGAGAAAUCAGCCCGGUCGAUCUACUGCACCUGCAACAGCAACAGGCUCUUCAGGCAGCCAGACAGUUCCUCCUCCAGCAGGCCUCUGGACUCAACUCCCCCGGCAGCAACGAGGUCAAACAGAGCCCCGUGCAGGUCCCUGUAUCCAUGGCUAUGAUGAGCCCCCAGAUGAUCACUCCGCAGCAGAUGCAACAGAUCUUGUCGCCCCCUCAGCUCCAGGCCCUGCUGCAGCAACAGCAGGCGCUCAUGCUUCAGCAGCUACAGGAGUACUACAAGAAGCAGCAGGAGCAGUUGCAUCUGCAGCUCCUGACUCAGCAGCAACAGCAGCAGCAGCAGCAACAACAACAACAACAGCAGCAGCAGCAGCAGCAGCAACAGCAGGCCGGAAAGCAAGCAGCAAAAGAGCUCAGCAGCAAGCAGCUGGCCUUCCAGCAGCAGCUGAUCCAGAUGCAGCAGCUUCAGCAGCAGCACAUCCUUAACCUCCAGAGACAAGGCCUGGUUCCCCUGCAGCCCACCGCCGCCAUGCAGUCUCUGCAGCAAGCCAUGUGUCCGUCGGACCUCCAGCAGCUGUGGAAGGAGGUGUCGGGCGUGCCGAGCAGCGACGAGGCCUUGAAGCAAGCCGAGGGCCUGGACUUGAGUACCAACAGCUCUAAUUCUACCUCAGCCUUCCCUAAAGCGGCCAGCGCUCACAUGCCGCUGCACAGCCUGCCCAAUGGACAGAGCCACACCCCAAAGAGAGACAGAGCCAGACUGUUUGAGUGGAUAUCCUCCUUCACCAAGGCGGACAGUGGCGAUGACCAUGCCCCCCCAUACUCCAAAGGCAGCCAACCCCCCAUCAGCCACCACGAGGAGCAUGCCGGCUCCCAUCCUCUCUACGGCCAUGGAGAGUGUAAGUGGCCCGGCUGUGAAGCACUGUGUGAGGACAUGGGACAGUUCAUCAAGCACUUGAACAACGAGCACGCCCUGGAUGACCGCAGCACCGCUCAGUGCCGAGUCCAGAUGCAGGUGGUCCAGCAACUGGAGAUACAGCUGGCAAAAGAGAGCGAGCGACUCCAAGCUAUGAUGACCCACCUGCACAUGCGCCCAUCAGAGCCAAAGCCUUUUAACCAACCCUUGAACCUGGCUUCCAGCGGCUCUCUUCUAAAGCGUGACAGCGAUGUCUACCCGGACGGUCUUCCUCACCCUCCCACCUCAGCGGCAACCCCCAUCACUCCACUGCGCCAGGGACCCUCGGUGAUCAGCUCCUCCAGCCUUCACACACACUCCCACGCGCACGGCGUCGGGCCCAUCCGCAGGCGCAACUCCGACAAAUACUGCACCCCCAUCGCCUCGGGUAGGUCGACGACCUUCGCUCGUGUCUUUACAUCAAUACAAUUUCUAAUGUUUCUCGACCGGGUUACUAAUCCCAACCCAGAGCUGGCUCAGAACUGUGAGUUCUACAAGAACGCCGAUGUCAGGCCUCCCUUCACAUACGCCUCUCUUAUACGUCAUGCCAUUCUGGAGUCACCCGACAGACAGUUGACUCUGAACGAGAUCUACAACUGGUUUACACGAAAGUUUGCCUACUUCAGGAGAAACACAGCCACGUGGAAGAAUGCUGUGCGCCACAACCUAAGUCUGCACAAAUGUUUUGUUCGUGUGGAGAACGUGAAAGGAGCCGUGUGGACCGUGGACGAAGUUGAAUACCAAAAGAGGAGACCACCAAAGAUGACCGGGAGUCCCACUCUUGUGAAAAACAUGAUUUCAGGCCUGGGCUUUGGAUCCCUCAACGCCAGCUACCAGGCGGCCCUGGCAGAGAGCAGCCUGGCUCUGCUCAACAGCCCUCCCCUGGUGACCCCUCCAUCUGCAGCCAGCCUCAACAUGCUGCACGUGGGCCAUGAUGAUGUCAGCUCCACAGUGGAGCAGGUCAACAGCAACGGCAGCUGCAGUCCCACCCUCAGCCCUCAGCAGUACAGCCACGCGGUGCACGUGAAGGAGGAGCCCACCGAGAUCGAGGAGGACUGUCGGCCCGUCUCCCUCCUGGCCGGCAUCACACACAACAUGUCCUUGCCGAGCGACGACCGUGACCUGGAGGACGACCUCCCCGCCGACGACCUGGAGUAAGACGGCUCCGCCGGACGGGAUCGAAGGGGCGUGGCUUAGUCAGAAGAAACGAUAGCAAGAAGAGAAAAAAAAGAAAACGAGAAUGUUUUUUAUUUUUAUUUGUCGUUCUGGGCAAGCAACCCGAGGAUGACAUUGAGAAACUCCAAACAGGGUUUGAAGACCUCCGUUACUUUAAGUCUGUGGAGCACUGCUUUAACUUCACAUCUCUUUCCACAAACACACACCUACACACACACGUAUACACGCACACACUGGCGCACUCCUUCACUAGUGGAAGCCUCCUUCAGCUUCGUGGAGACCCCAAGAGCUCUUUUUCCUCCUCACUCAGGCGGCCCGGCGAGUCGCGCAGGCCCACAACUGUACAUGCGCGUGCGACCAUGUGUAUAUAUCCGUAGAUCCGGAGCAUUCGCCAAGGGAGGGGAGUGCAGUAUACCUCUCCAUCUACCAAACACACUUUGGAGUCAAUCUUUCAUCAGACCCAAACGUUUGGCUUUCAGGAUGGGAAGUGAGGAAAGAUGCUUUCAAAGAAGAAUACCUCGAACUGCGCCAACCCAACACAUCGUCUCGACAUUUGUGACCGGGAGGAGGCGUGGCCCCUCUUUGCUUGUGAGAUAUAAAAAAAAAAAUAAAGAAGAAUAAGAAAACAUUGUCCCAGCCACCCCAAAAGACUGCAAGAAAAGGAACAUCCAUUGCCGUCUCUUCUCCUUCGUUUGGGAUGUCGAGAUGAGUUUGGAACACUCAUAGAAGAAAAUAGCCGGGAAGUGUCUAUAGAAAUAUUGUGACUUAAAAAAAAGGAACCUGUCAAUGACAUGGAAAAAAACAUGUGGUAGCUUUAUCAUUUCCUUUUUUUUUUUAAUUGAUGUUAUUAGUUGUCUUUAUUUUUGAGGAGCAUUAUUCCCAUGGUGGUGUUUCUUUUUCCGUGUAUCUUUUCUGCCGAUGCUGGUUUAGUUUUGUAUUGAUUUUGUGUUCAAUUUGUUUUUCACACCAUUUCCAAAAUGUAUGGGGAAGAAAAAAAAAAGAGAACCCACAGUAUUGUACCCCCCCCCCCCCCUCCCUUUCACUCCCAAUUGUAGCAGGCUAGAAAUUUGGAAAUAGCACUUAAAAGUUACCAUUAUCCAAACAAAUUAUUUAACAGCAUUUAUUUUUAUUAUCAUUUUGCAUUCUGUCUCAUUCAUUUAUUUUUGGUUGUGUAUUUAGUUGAGAGAUAAUGCUUUAAGAAAAAAAGAUCUAUAAAAAUAUAUAUUAAUGCAGUUAGAGAAUACCUCAUCCUACAAAGGUUCCGAUUUGAAAAAGAAACAAGGGGGGACUUCUUUGCGCCGGAAACCAAAACGUGGCUCCAUUCAAAGUUCUGUGCUGGUGAUUCGUUACCGUGUCGACGCUGAUUCAAUGUGUGAGGAUGUGUUAAAGGAAUAUCACGUGAGAUGUUUUCUCUUUUUUUUUUGUAUUUGCAGGUUUGCUUUCUCCAUAGUGCCAUACCAAAUUUAACAUUUGUCAUUUUUCAAAUCUAUUACCUGCUUCUUACUCCCGUCUUAUUUUUGUUACAGGUAACCAAAGAAAUGUUUAGAAAACCAAAAACCCUGUAGUUUGUUUCACCCCCUUCCUUUUUUUUUUUAAUUAUUGUUAUUUCAGCCUCCUUUUUGUUCUUAAAAAAAAAGACAACAAACCAGGAGUUUGAGCAUUUUUUGUUUCUUUUUUUUUGUUUGAUGUAUUGUUUGACGGUUGAACAGGAUUUACAGUGCUUACCAUUCCCGCAAACCAAAGUAUGAGACUACAAAUUUGAAGUAAAAGCUUUUUUUUCCAGUUCCAAACUGCUCCUAUUAGGUAUGAGGCCAAAUAUACAAAGGAGUAUUAAAGCCACACCAAAAAGGAAAAAAAUACCAGGGGGAAAAAAAAAUACCAUUUUUGUUUUGUGUGUCAUUUUAAGAAUUGAACAUUAGUUAAUAUUUGUUAAAUUACUUCUGCUUCACAACAGAACAAAAAUGACUUUUCCAACAAAACAAAACAAAAAGACUUAAACAUUUCACAGUAAACUUUGUCUUGACAUCCUGAUGAUGUGACAAUUCAUUUGUGUCAACGUUUUCCUCUUAACAUUCUACAAUUUUUUCCCCUUAAUUUUAGUGUGGCCUUAAUACUCCUCGGUACAAAUACAUAAGUAUUAACAUGCACAGUUCCUCUUACUAAGGCAAAAAAAAAAAAAGCACUUAGAGGUGACAGUGUGACUCUGCCAUGCUCAGGCUAACGUGUGUUCCAAACACAAUGCGCAGGACUAAGUCAUUCCAAAAAUGUGUAGCGAGGAAUCUUUCCAUUAAGAGGGAACCAAUAACACUAAAACGAUUCCAGCGUAAGAGGACAACAACUAAGGGACGUCAUCUUUAAAAAAAUUCACAUUUUCAUUCUUAACUUUUGCACUUGACACCAUUUUCUUAUUUAAUUGAAGAAGCAACUUAUUUCUUACAAAAAAAAGACAGACCAAAAAGAACACUACCUCCUUUUGGAACUCUCGUCUAUACCCCCCCCCCCCCCCCUCCCUCCCUUCCCCUGACAUUAUUCCUCACUAAUAACAACAUGUGGACUCCCCUGUCACAUACGUGUGCUUCAGCCCAAAAACAAACAAGACGGACUGUAAAGACUACCUCGCCUUAGCUGCGACCUGAAGCGCUCUCUGCAGCUCCUACGUGUCACUGGCAUGAUGGAGAACCCCCUGAUUGGGCCAAUGUACUGUUGCAGGGAAACUGUUAUCAGAUGUGAUGAUAGGCAGAAUUUAACAUACACAUACACACACAUGGGUGGCACAGAAGCAGGGCUACAUGGGUUUGUGCAAACAGCGGCUCUGACCAAAUAUCCAAAGACCCCCCCCACCAAAAAAAAAAAAAAAAAAAGCAAUGACUACUCCACAAGAGGACACACACACACAAAUACACAUCAUGGCUCCUUCAGUCCAAACAAGAGGAACUGCUGCAUUCAGUGGAAUAUGUAGAUGAUCUUGUGCUUUAAGGUACACCUGUAAACAAGGCGCUUUUAUAAAGAUUGUUGACAGGUCACCGCGUAACAUUUCUUGGCAUAACAAAAUGUAUUCUUGUAUAUUAAUGAUUGACUUAUCUCUCCGGGGCAUUCUUUCCUUUUGUUUGCGCUUGUUCAUUUUCGGUGUGUGUUUCCUGCACCUGUUUAGCUAUUGUAAAGCUCACAGCUCUGGUUCCUAUACUGUACUGCUAAUGCUGAACUAUAUGUAUUUAUCAUAUUAAGUACUGCAGGUAUCUUGGUUUUGAUAGUUUUCUUUUUGUUUCCAUGUUUUCAGAUCUUCAUACAAACGUCUGGGACGAUUUAGUUUUUUUUUAAGUGUAUUAUCGCGAAAAAAAAAGGUUAAAAGAGUAAAAUUUAGAGCAGUGGUUUUAGGUAAGAUUUGUUUGUAUAUUUAUCUUAGCUAGGUCUAUUUUGAUACUUUUUUGUCUCUGUACUGCAUUUAUGCGUUUUUAAGGAAAAAAAACACAAAUGGAUGAACUAAAAAAUUUACGUUAUGAUGUAUUGAUACCUCAGAAGGACUUCUUUUUUUUUUUUCUCUUCUCAAUGACAGGACCAAAACUUUUGAAAAGAAAAUGAGUGUAAGAAUAUUUAGCCUCUCUCCUGCUUUACACAAAUGUGGACUGUCCGUUGGUCCUUUCAGGUGCCAAUAUUGUAUCCCUCUGACCCCUGACCCUUGUGAUUCCUUCGCUGACCUCUGGCCUGCAGAGCUGUCAAUCAUUCGCGGGCGGGAGGGGGGGGGGGUUGCCAAGUCACACACUUCCUCUUUUAAUACCGCAAAGGGUUAGGGUUGCUUGCAUUGUUGAUGCUCAUCCUCCCUUUUUUUUUUUUUUUUUUAAUAUAUAUUUGGCGUGGUCACGGUACCAUAAGGUAGACCGGCGCUCCGAGAUGCAGCUCUCCGUCUGACUACCAAAGUCCAAAACUCCUGAAGUGUAACCAAACUGAUACCUUAAACCAAACCGAAAGCGAGCUACUUCCAAAAGUCUCUAUCGACGUCACAGAUCACCUUCACUGAUAGCUGUUCUCUCUCGUACGUGUGUGAUGUCGGCCUCGGUGGCUUAAGCGGAGCCCCAAUUUGUCACGUGUGAUUGGACGCUCUCAGUCUUUUAAAAGGAGGGGGGGGUGGGAUUGGGUUGGGUGAGGUGGACUGUCCAAGUGGAGUAUACUAAACAAGUCCGAAUGACCACUUCAGCUCUCCUCUGGUUAAACCUUAGGAAUGUGUGUACAUUUUCAGCAGUGACUCUUCAGUGUGUUGUGAUUUAAUUUCACUUUAUUGCUUUGCUUAAUUUUGUUGCUAUUUUUUAUUUUUUUUUGCAAGUGUCACCAGACUUAGAGGCGGGGGCUGGGUGCAGGUGGCUUUAAGACAUAGUGAAGCCUCCAUGCCGGGUAGCCAUGUCGAUGCCAGUCACUGCCCUUUCUUUCAUGCUGUAUAAAACACACACACACACACACACAUGCAUAUAUCUGUGUAUUUGUAACCUGAAUCUUCUUGUGUCUGUCCAUGCAGACAAUAAAAAACUGUACAGUAGGUCUAGUUGCAUGUAAUCUGUACUAAUUAUUGACAAUGGCAUUAUAAAAUGCAAUAAAAUACUUAUUACACUGUC